CCCUUCCAACGAAUCCAAUCGAUUCCUAAUUCCUAAUUGUUGUGCGCAGUGUCGGGAAUAUGGCUAUGCUCUGCUCCGGGUUGAUGUGCGGGGCGUUGGAGGUAGUCAAGGGAAACUCGACCCCUUUGGUCUGGAGCGCUCUGAAAAGAUCCAAGCAGAUGCAGAGGGACAAGGUGUUUCAGCCCAAGCAAUAAGAAAGAUAUCAGGACUGACUUUGCUGGCCAGAUCUCUAUGAUGUCGUCGAAUGGGCUGCCGUUCAACCCUGGUGUACAGGAAAAGUAGCUUUCUCCGGCAUCAGCUACUUCGGCAUGGUUGGCUACUGGGCUGCAAUGCAGAGACCCCCGCAUCUGGCCUGUGUCAUGUCAUACGAGUCCGCAUGCAGUAUGUACCAAGCGGCCCGAAGAGGUGGAAUCUACAGCAACAACUUUCAGUCCCACUGGUAUCACAAUAUUGUUGUUCCCCACCAGGGUGGAAGGCAGGACGGUACUCUCACAGAAGAACAGUUGGCCGCUAACCGUGUGGACUAUCCCAAGCUGCUCACCCUGACAGAAUACCCCACAGACGGUGCGUGGGCGGUGUUGGAGAAGGUCCGCAAGCUGUCGGACAUCGAAGUACCAUUCUACUCCGCGGGGAAUUGGACUGAUCCUGAGCUUCAUUUACCCGGCAACAUCCGCGCUUACAACGGCAUCUCGUCCCAAUAUAAAUGGUUAGAAAUGCAUACCGGAAACCAUCUGGGCGCGUUCUAUGAGCCAGAUCACAUUGCGCUGCAAAAGAAAUUUCUGGACCACUUCCUCUUUGACAAGAAGGCCAAUGGCAUGCUCGAUGUCCCUCGCAUUCGCUUGCUACAGCACCACGGUACGGAGACUAUCUACCGCGAGAAUGAGGUGUCUUUCCCGCCGGCCGACGCCGAGGAUGUCAGUUUCUACCUCACCCCAGAGACGAAGUUGUCCUUGGCCCUACCACCCGGGAGCAAAGAGUCCUUUACCUAUGCUGGAUUCAAAGAGUCUCUCAAAUUCUCCUUGGAAACCCCAUUUUCGGAAUCCUUUGAGCUUUUGGGAUCCCCUUACCUCGAGCUCGAAGUGUCUACACAGGCCAAGGAUCUCGAUCUCUUCGUUUACCUCCGGGCUGUGGACGCCGACGGGAAUGUGAUCGUGCUUCGUGGAAACCACGGCGAGCCGAUGGACACCUUCGCGCGAGGAUACUUCCGUCUCUCACACCGGGAUGAAGUUGCCAAAGACUUCCUGAAGGAAAAGGUAGUUGCCCAGAGACCCGUGGCACGCUCUGAGGUUACGCAAGGGAAGGUUUACUCGGUCCUCGUGCCUCUGUACCCGGCGGCAUUUCUGUUUGACCCGAACCAGAGGCUCGAGCUUGAGAUCGGUUCCGUCAACACCCCUAGCACCAUUCCUCCGAUGCGUCAUGAAGGUGGGGAUAGGCUUCCGGAACGGUUUGAGGGCGAGAACGUCAUCUUUUCGCAUGGGAAACUGGUUCUGCCCCGGGUGCGGCGGUGAGUCGGGAUGUUCUUGCUAGAGGGGUUCAGGGUUAUAUCUCCUCAGGAAUUUAGCGGUCUUGCAGUUCCGGAAACAUCCAUGUAGUAUAAGGAUUAGUUGCGUAUGAGUCCAUUGUCGAUAACCAGAAUGGGUUGCGGUAUUUUCGGGAAGUGUGUGUGUGUGUGUAAGCCAUCAGAUUCCUCAUUCCAGACGAGCCUGCGCUGGUUAUUUUUGUAUGGGCGACCUUCUGUGUAAAUGUUGAUCGGCGCUUAGAU